UAACGGCCUUGUCUUCCUCACCCAUUUCACCAAAAAAAAAAUGCAGCUCAUAGCUCAGUCUCUCCAUUCUCAAAUCCGAUUCUCAAACCCUAAUCCCAUCCGUCGGUUCACUGAAAGGCCCGUCUUCUUCGACCUUAGCCGCCGCUCCGUUGAUCGGCUUCCGAGGUUUGGGGUUUUGACGGCGAAGAAUGGUAGAAGUGGGCUAGUAGUCGGCGCGAGCAAUAAUCGCAGCGGCGUAGAAAUCAUUGGCGGCGGUUGUGGAAAUUCUUCGAAGAAUGUGGAAGUGGAUGGGUUCGGAGUAGAGGAUGAGAAGGAGGAAUUGGCUGAUCAUCAAAGCAUAUGGAGCCAAAUGAAGGAGAUUGUGAUGUUUUCGGGGCCAGCCACCGGGUUGUGGAUCUGUGGUCCGUUGAUGAGUCUAAUCUCAACGGCUGUCAUCGGCCGAGGAAGCUCAACUGAGCUUGCUGCUUUAGGUCCAGGUACUGUUUUUUGUGAUAAUAUGAGUAUAGUGUUCAUGUUUCUUUCGAUUUCUACUUCAAAUAUGGUUGCUACUUCACUCGCCAAAAAGGAUAAGAAGGAAGUACAACAUCAAACAUCUAUAUUGCUCUUUGUUGGGUUGACAUUUGGUGUUCUUAUGGUUUUGUUUACACAGUUCUUGAGUCCAAUGGCACUGACAGCCUUUACUGGACCGAAGAACGUGCACAUUGUCCCUGCAGCAAGCAAAUACGUUCAGAUUCGAGGAUUAGCAUGGCCUGCAAUUCUUUUCGGAUUGGUUGCUCAAAGUGCAAGUCUCGGUAUGAAAGAUUCCUUGGGACCAUUGAAGGCGCUGCUGGUUGCUAGUGCUGUGAAUGGUAUGGGUCAUGUAGUCCUUUGCAGUGUAUUACACUAUGGAAUUGUUGGAGCAGCAUGGGCUACAAUGGCAUCUCAAGUGGUUGCCGCAUAUAUGAUGAUUGAAAAUCUGAACAAGAAAGGAUACAAUGCUUUCUUAAUCUCUGUUCCAUCUCCAAAUGAAUGUCUCCAGAUAUUUGAACUAGCUGCUCCAGUGUUUGUAACAAUGUUCUCAAAGGUAGCAUUCUACUCCCUCAUUACAUAUUUUGCAACAGCUAUGGGAACUCUUACAGUUGCUGCUCAUCAGGUUAUGAUUCAAAUGUAUGGCAUAUGUGUGGUUUGGGGUGAGCCGCUCUCACAAACUGCGCAGUCAUUUAUCCCUGAAAUGUUAUACGGACUUAAUCCAAGUCUUGAGAAGGCACGAACAAUGCUGAAGUCGCUAAUGAUUAUUGGAGCCAUACUCGGAUUGUCAAUUGGGAUAAUUGGGAUAUCUAUUCCUUGGCUGUUGCCUAAUCUAUUUACAUCAGAUCCUAAAGUCAUACAAGAGAUGCAUAAGGUCUUGAUUCUGUUCUUUCUCUCAUUAUCUGUGACACCUUGUACUCACAGCCUUGAGGGAACAUUGCUGGCAGGACGAGAUUUGAAAUUUAUCAGCUCAUCAAUGAGUGGAUGCUUUGCUCUUGGUGCUACUCUAUUAAUGCUUCUAAAAAGCAGAGGGUUUGGUUUGCCUGGCUGCUGGUUUGCUCUAGUAGGAUUUCAAUGGGGUCGAUUUUUUCUUGCUCUCAACCGCCUUCUUUCUCCAAAUGGCAUCCUCUACAAUAAAGAUUUAAGCCAACAAAGAUUUGCUACUUAGUUAUAAAAUUUGGAUUUUUUUCAAAUUUAUGGGGUUUUUUAAGAUUGUUUUACAAAAAUAUGUACAUUUAAUUUUUUUAUUUAGAACUUCAUAUUCUUUCCCAUAAAUUUGAAAAAAUAUAUAAUUAUGCCACAUUUGUUAUCAUAGUUAUGUUUUCUUUUAUUAUAAGGUAAUUUUAUU